AUGGGAUCAUUACUGACUAGACUGUUAACUGCAUUCGAGUCCUGUUUAAAGACAGAGUACAAAAUUCUUAUACUUGGACUAGACGCUGCAGGCAAGACAACAAUUCUUUACCAGUUCAAACUGAACGAGAAGAUAGAGAGUAUCCCUACCGGUGGGUUUAACGUGGAGACCGUGUCACCCAUGAAAGGUGUGUCCUUCACCGUCUGGGACGUCGGGGGUAGUGGACCAGUCAUACCACUACAAAAACACGCAUGGUCAGUACCGAUCUACGAUAUGAACAGUUUGAUAUAUGUAGUGGACAGCGCUGACAGAGAUAGACUCUCAGAGUCACGUGAAGAACUAUUUGGGAUUUUGGAGAACGAUGAGAUGAGGGGAGUUCCUGUGGUGAUCAUUGCCAACCAACAGGACCGACCAAAUGCUCUGAGUACAUCUGCUUUGACUGACCUUUUGUGCCUAACCAAGCUAACCUCUAGAAAAUGGUUCAUACAGCCCGCAUGCGCAAUAAAUGGUGAAGGACUUCACGAGUCCAUAAACGAAUUAGUAACAUUAGUUAAAGAAUUCAAAAAAGUUUCGAGAUGAUCACUUGAGGACUUUUUGUCGUUAAGAUUAAUCGACGUCAGGAAAAGUCGCUGCUUUUUUGCAAACGUUGCCGGUAAUUGUGUGAUGCAUCAUCAUGUAAUAUUACGCAUCUUGCCUUCAGUUUACUACUACCAGUACCACAUUAUGUACAUUACAAUUCGUUAAUGCAAAUACAACUAAUUUACUGUUCAAUAAUUUAACUACUACCAGUAAAACAAUAAGUACAUGAACAAUACAGUUCGUUAAUGCAGAUCCAUACAAAUAAGUUACUGUUCAAUAAUUUGACAGUAUAAAUGUCACUGAGGUAUUUGUUAUUGUAUACAUGUAAUUAAUACUGUUUAUUAAACAUUGACAACACCCUUCUUGGAAAAAUAAACACUGCCUAUUUUAUAUACAUUACAUCGUGAAUCAUUCUUUAUUUCGUUGUUUGUUUUUUUUAAUAUAAAUUUUCAGAAUAGAUAAAGGUUGUGAUAUGGUACUGGAUUGAGGUUUCAGACUUUCUCCAAUAUAAUGCACAAUGCACACACGAUAUUUAUAUGUGUAAAGUAUUAAAAUCUUCACACUUUUACACAUCAUGCUAUUGUUGUAAAGAACCAAAGACUUAGUGCUAUCAUAAAAGGUGCUAAAUCAUGACAAAAUGUUGUGAAACGGGUGCAGAGCAUUGGCUAUAAGCAUAAGGCCUUUGUUUAAAACAUCUUUCUAUUAGUUAUACCCAAUUUUAUUUUUUAUUUUCGUAAGCUCUCUGGAAAGUUUUGCUUUGUAUAAAUGUGAUAUUCUUACCUCCCUUUGUUUGUGUCAUUUACAGAAUUGUUUUUCUAACACUGGCCCUUGUUCUGACAGCAGAGCUGUAUUGUAUGAAUGCAAAUCUUUUGUUAUGUUGGAAUUGUACACAGUAGGCCAAUGCUGUAAUGUUGUGAGCAAAUUGAAAUGAUAAAACUCUUUAUCUGUUUGUUGUUGUCCACUAAGGAAUGAAAAAAUCAUGAGUAGUCAUAGAAGUCAUGAAAUGAUUCCUUACAUUAUUACUCAUAUUAACAUUAUGUUUUAAUCAUUAUGUAGAAUUAGAAUAAUUGAUAUUUCAACGUUGUUUUCAUCGUGCACUGAACUCGCUUGUUCCCAACAGCUAGAGUACGUCAUUUUCAGGUAGUGCAGACUGUGUAUUACCACCCGGCACAAAGCAACCAAGUGAUGCUCUCUAACACACCCA